AUGGUGAAUUUUACAUCCACUGUGGUGCUUGUUAUAGUAGUUAUCGCUAUUUUCACAACUUCGGAAGUUUAUUCCAUUGUUGGUGGCCAUACAUCGUUACCCGGUGCAGCACCAUAUAUUGUUGCUAUAAAAACAACUACUGCAUCGACAUUUGUCUGUGCUGGUGUGUUAGUAAAAUCUACAUGGAUCCUUACUACGGCACAAUGUGUCACCGAUAAAGCUGCAACGGAGUUAAACAUUCUAACUGGUUCUCAUCGUUUGCUUACCAACAAAAAAAUGUAUUCCAUUAGUAAUAUUCAACGACAUCCGUCGUACAAUGCAACGAGUGGUGCAAGUAAUUUGGCAUUAUUACAGCUAUCUGAAGCAGUUUCACUUUCAAAAAGGGUGGAAAUAAUUGAUUUGAAUGAUGCUUCGACUCCCACCGAUACACCUGUCGUAUUUUACGGCUGGGGAACUCUAUCAUACGGUAGCCCAGGGUACUCAAAUAUCUUACAAACGCUUUACCGUCGCACGUUAUCAUUAAGUGACUGUCGCACACGAAACGGAAUGUCGUACUUAUCGGACGGAAAUAUAUGUGCUAUCAGCCAACCGGGGCAAGCAGCAUGCACGAUGGACGAAAGUGGCCCUUUAGUCCGAAUCGAUUCGCCGAAACUCGUGGGACUUUUCCAUUAUGGGCCCCAAUGCAAUGGUCGUUCGCCUGAUGUAUUCGUAGAUGUUUUUACCGAAAAAGCAUGGAUUGAUAGUGUUGCCAUUUGA